GGGGUCAUGUCCCCCAUGACACUCACCAAACACCUGCUGAGCGCCUUCUCUGCCAGCACCGAGCAGGUGCCGGGGCAACAGUGACCAGGAGUGACUGGCUUGCCCAAGGAAAGCGGACAGCCCCGAGCUCCAGACGCUGAAACAGGAGAAGGAGGCCCUCCUCUGAGUGGGUGGGGGCCAAACCCAGCUGGAUCUCAACCCAGUGGACCAAGGCAGGCGGGAGGGAGAGUCUGAGAGCCUGACGGAAGCCAGGACUGAGAGCCCCGACACGCCCAGGUGCAGGAGCAGUCAGGCCUCAGCUGGCCAGAGCGCUGUGCCCUGCGUGAGGACAAGGACCACCAUCCACCAUGGUGAAGCUGGGCUUCAGCUUCGGGAAGUUCGGCAGAGACCUCGGGUACCAGGAUGGAGUUACCAUGGACAGCGUCCCUCUGAUCAGCCCCCUGGAUGUCAGCCAGCUCCAGCCACCAUACUCUGACCAGGUGGUCAUCAAGACACAGACGGAAUAUGGACUGCCCUCCACAGAACAGCUGAAGAAGUUCCCAGACAUAGAGGCCCAGAAGCUGGCCUCCACCAACCCAGAGGAAGGACGCGGGAUGCCCCCAGCACGUAUGCUGGCCUUCGUCAUGGCGCUCAUGGGCUGCCUCCUGAUCAUGUACAAGGCCCUCUGGUACGACCAGUUCACCUGCCCGGAUGGCUUCCUGGUUCGGCAGCACAAGAUGUGCACCCCGCUGUCCCUGGAGAUGUACUACGCGGAGAUGGGCCCCGAGCGCCACCGCAGCAUCCUGGCGGCCAUGGGGGCCUACCCGCUGAACCGCAAGCAGGGCACCGAGCCCCCCGUGGUCUGGAGGAAGAUCCAUCCCGCCUUCAAGGAGGCGCCCAAGGCGCCCACCCAGGCGGGCCCGGCGACCACCGAGGCCCCCGGGAAGCUGGCGGCGGGCGCCGAGAAGGAGGCGGCGCUGAAGGCGGAGGGGAGCGUCCCGCCCCCGGCCCCGGCCCCGCAGUGACGGCCGCCGCGCCCGAAGCCACGAAGCC